GUUCCAUCAGACACACACACGGAUAGAUAUACAUACACAUAUACAUAUACAUAUACAAACAUAUACAAACACCCCCAACGGUUCUCUUUAGCCGACAAUGGCGGCAUCUACUCUUUCUCUCAGAUCAUUCUUCACCCCUCUUUCUACUGACCUUACUGAUCAACAUGCUGUUCUGAACAGUAAUCUUCCCUCGCAUUUCGGGUGCAAAACGAUAGCUCCGAAAAAGGGAAAUUUGAAGUUAAAUUGCUUGAGAAACAAAGAAAUGGAUGUCAGCAGAUCGGCUGUGGUUGGCAGUAAUGCCGACUGUGCUUCAAUCGAAUCGGAGACCUUACGGACGAGUGACGAAGUGGAGCCGAGUGUUUCGACGAUGUUGAUGAAUUUCGCCUCUGAGUUUGACCCUUAUAGUGCAUUGAGCACGCCUCUGUAUCAAACAGCAACUUUCAAACAGCCUUCUGCAACAGAAAACGGGGCUUAUGAUUAUACAAGAAGUGGGAAUCCAACUCGGGAUGUUCUAGAAAGACUUCUUGCGAAGCUCGAUAAAGCUGAUCGAGCGUUAUGCUUCACUAGUGGAAUGGCCGCCUUGUCGGCAGUUACUCAUCUUGUUCGAACGGGUGAGGAAAUAAUUGCUGGAGACGACAUAUACGGUGGUUCUGAUCGCUUGUUGUCGCAAGUAGUUCCGAAAUCCGGAGUUGUGGUUAAGCGAGUGGAUACAACAAAUUUGGAAGAGGUUCGAUCCGCCAUUGGCCCAUCUACAAAGCUUGUGUGGUUGGAAAGUCCGACGAACCCACGUCAACAGAUUACCGAUAUUCGUAAAAUAGCUGAGAUGGCGCAUGCUCAUGGUGCACUCGUAUUAGUGGAUAAUAGCAUCAUGUCUCCUGUAUUGUGUCGACCAUUGGAACUUGGAGCUGAUAUUGUGAUGCACUCGGCUACUAAAUUCAUAUCUGGUCACAGUGAUCUCAUGGCAGGUGCCCUUGCUAUUAAGGGAGAAAGUUUGGCGAAAGAGCUGUAUUUCCUACAGAAUGCAGAGGGCUCGGGUUUAGCUCCAUUUGACUGUUGGCUCUGUUUAAGAGGCAUCAAAACUAUGGCCCUUCGUGUCGAAAAACAACAGGAAAACGCACAAAAAAUUGCCGAAUUUCUGUCAUCUCAUCCGCGAGUUCAAAAGGUCAACUAUGCUGGUCUAACCAGUCAUCCAGGACGAUCAUUACACUACUCUCAGGCAACGGGUGCAGGGUCAGUGCUAAGUUUCUUAACAGGUUCAUUAGCACUCUCUAAGCAUAUAGUCGAGACAACCAAGUAUUUCACCAUAACCGUCAGUUUUGGAAGUGUGAAAUCACUCAUCAGUUUGCCUUGCUUCAUGUCUCAUGCAAGUAUACCUGCUGCUGUACGAGAAAGCAGAGGUUUGACUGAGGAUCUUAUCCGUAUUUCUGUCGGAAUCGAGGAUGUCAAUGAUUUGAUCGCUGAUUUAGACAACGCCCUAAGAACGGGCCCCGCGUAAUGCGAAUUUACUCUCAUAAUUUGAGUUGUAGGAUAUUUCAUUUAUAUCCGGUAUUUGGUUUUUUCCCAAAUACUCGGACAAUGUUUGGAAGCAUUUUAGGGAUUUGUUUUCAUUUCGUUUCGGGGGAAUAAUUUGAGAACGGAAGUAAUGCUUAAUGAGAAAGAAUUUUUUUUUUAA